AUGUCAUAUCAUUACUAUUGGAAGGAUUUAAUUGAUGAAACUCAACUGCUUCCUGUGUCAAAGAAGGGAGAAGUUUAUGUGAAAGUAUUACAAUUAGAGGCAAUGGAUAAAGAAGAGGAAGAAACAUGUGAAACAAGGACAGAGGAAACACUUGUGGACGUGCCAGAAGAUCAAGCGUUUAAUGCUUUUUUUCACUGGCAAAAUCAGUCUCAAAGUCAAGAAUCCAUGGGGUUUUCCAUGCGUCAACCACCGACACAGAUGCAGCAUAUGGAAAGUGUCCUCUUUGGUGUGAAGAAGGCACUUUUGGCGUCAAAGCUAAAGAGUUCAGCCAUGGCUCAAACGCUACAGAAACACUCGGCUCAGAUGUGGGAAAAGGUCACUGCUGCAGCUUCUGGAAGUGGAGGAGGUAGUAAUGCUCCACCCACUGCAUUAGCUUUGACGCAAUUAGCCAAGCUGAUUGGUUCCAUGAAAACUCCGCUACAUCCUGGCAACCCUGAACAUAUCGAGAUGCUGCAACAAUUAUGGACGUCCUGCUUUGAUACGAAGCCGUUUAAUGUGAUUAGCUCCGAGUGGAAUCGAUUAGGAUUCCGAUAUGGCGAUUCUGUGCGUGAGAUGCAGUUGUUGCUGCCACUACAGUGUCUGGUGUUUUUCCACGAGGUGCAUCGGACAGUGGCGUUGCCCAUUCUGAACGACCAAAACGGACCAGAGGGCUACCCGUACGCGCUGGUGGGGUCCCAGAUCGCGUACUUGCUGGCUGAACUGCUGCAACUACGAGAUGGUGGAUGUCUGGGCUUGGAACGUCCGUUCUGGAAACUUUUCGAGGACCCGAUGGCCUUUUACGAACUAUUCUGCAUUGCUUUUCGUGCUUUUGAUGCAUCCUGGAAGCUAAACUCCACGAACACGGCCGACGUCAACUUUCACCUCAACUACGUGGGUGACUUUGCUCAAGAAUUGCUCCGUCGUGGCCCAGAGAAUGUACCAAAUCUCAUGGAGCACGCCCACCAGUUGCAGAAUUGGUAG